CCAUGAUUCACUCACAGAUGGAAGAUGCUCAGUACGAGAUUCGCCAUCAGGUGCUGAAUCCGAAUCAACGUCAGCAGCUGGAGGACAGGCGCCGCAUCAAGGAGCAACUGCAUCAGCUCGAACAGGAUAACGAGUCUCCGACGCACAUGUACAGGCGUAAGCUGAAGAUUGCUAGCGAUGUAAACCUGCUCGACCAGCACGAUUCGUUCUACCACACCACCAAGAGUCUGCUGGUGCUGUUCCAAAUUAUGGGCGUGAUGCCGAUAAUGCGCAGCCCGAAAGGUGUCGACAUGCCCCGUACCACGUUUACCUGGUGCUCCAAGGCGUUUCUCUGGGCGUACUUUAUCUACGCCUGCGAAACGGUCAUUGUGCUGGUGGUGGCCCGGGAGCGCAUUAACAAAUUCAUCUCAACCAGCGACAAGCGGUUCGAUGAGGUGAUCUACAAUAUCAUCUUUAUGUCGAUAAUGGUGCCCCAUUUUCUGCUUCCCGUAGCAAGCUGGCGUAACGGUUCGGAGGUGGCAAAAUUCAAAAACAUGUGGACAGAUUUUCAGUACAAGUAUCUCAUCGUCACCGGAAAGCCCAUCGUUUUUCCGAAGCUGUAUCCGAUCACGUGGACCUUGUGCAUCGUAUCGUGGUCUUUGAGUUUGGUGAUCAUCCUGUCGCAAUAUUACCUGCAGCCAGACUUUCAGUUCUGUCACACCUUUGCCUACUACCACAUCAUUGCAAUGUUGAACGGGUUCUGUAGCCUUUGGUUCGUCAACUGCACCGCAUUUGGGACGGCUAGUAAGGCCUUUGCCAAAGAACUAACAGACGUACUGGCGACCGAACGGCCAGCCGCGAAACUGACCGAAUAUCGUCACCUGUGGGUGGAUUUAAGCCAUAUGAUGCAACAACUGGGUAAAGCAUAUUCCAACAUGUACGGCAUCUACUGUUUGGUGAUAUUCUUCACCACUAUUAUCGCCACCUACGGCUCGCUGAGCGAAAUUAUCGAGCACGGUGCCACGUAUAAGGAAGUGGGUUUAUUUGUCAUUGUUUUCUAUUGUAUGAGCUUGCUGUUCAUCAUUUGCAACGAAGCUCAUCACGCAUCCAAAAGGGUCGGAUUGAACUUUCAGGAACGUUUGUUGAAUGUAAAUUUAACGGCGGUGGACAAGGCUACACAAAAGGAGGUAGAAAUGUUUCUGGUUGCCAUUGACAAAAAUCCCCCUACGAUGAAUCUUGACGGGUACGCCAACAUCAAUCGCGGACUCAUCACAUCGAACAUAUCCUUCAUGGCGACGUAUUUGGUCGUUUUGAUGCAGUUCAAAUUGACCUUACUACGACAAAGUGCUAAAAAUGCUUUCAUUUCUGCACUCAAAGCUAACUUGUCUAGAAUUCGAUCGCUUGACGCAGACAAAGUGAACACCUAAAUAAGGAAGGAACGCACGUUGAAAACAUCCAUUGAUCCAUUCUCACAUGUCCAGAAUCUACUUGGAGUAAGUAAUAUAACAAGCCAUACAACAGUUUGUAGUUGGUUAUCAUUCUUUAUUCCUUCCGUCCAACUCAUACAUCCUUCUUUGCUGAUAGGCGAAUACCACACGCCAAGCAAACCAGCGCUUAGAACUUGCUGAACUUCUUCUUCGAUCCGGCCAUUUUGCUGACCUU